AGUUUCUCUACUCUCUCUCUCUAUAUAUAGACUCCGUAUAUUUAUUCAGAGCCAUGAACUAGUACAGUAUAAAGAGAGAAGCAGAGCAUUAUGGAAACGAGAAGCCACACUGGUUAUCCAUAUGUGAAAAUGAUGAUGGAAGAUUGAUCGAUAAAAAGUCCUGUCGCUAUCGCUUCAUUUUCUAUUGUCAAAAAGCCUCGGGUUUUACCUGCCAGACGCCAAAGUGAUUUCAGUAACGUUUUGUUGCUGUGCUCUUUAGAAUGAUUGGGGGUAGAAAGUCUGUCGUUGCUCGGAAUAUUUUCUAUUGGUUUAGACCAGCAUAUGCCCACUAUUUGUGUUGUUGAUGAUGAGCAGUGAGAACCGGAAAUGAAGGCAGAGAGUGAAAAAUUCGUUGACAAGGAGAAAGUGAAAGAUGUUUCAAAAAAGAGAGGAGAAAGUGAAAAAAAAAUGUGAAAGAUGUGUUGGAAAAUGAUGGCUAAUAAUGGUUCAGGAGACAAAAAUUUUGGAGGUGGUAAAAGAAAGAGAAGGGAAAGCAUGCGAGAAGGAUUAAAAGGGAGGGGCUGUGAAUGAUUGGAAAGAACACAAAAAGAAAAGAAAAAGCAAGGAAAAGAAAGGAGAAAAGACAAGAAAGUGGAAAUUGUCAGCAUACAAAAAAAGGGAGAAGUUGGUUUGAAAUAAGGAAAAUACUACUUCUACAAUUCUAAUCUUAACUUUUAUUCCUUCUCACAAAAUUUUGAUAUUGAAUGAAACUUACAAAAUGAAGAUAAUUAAUCAUCAAUUGCCACAUUAGAGUGUAAAAGAGAGAGUACAUGUAUUAAAACUCAUCAUGAAAUAAUGGACAUCAUGAUGAAGGAAUCUUUUUAGAUGGGUACACUACUAGCUAGAGCAAUUUUAUACCUUGUACCAAGAGUCAGGAUUAUAUUGCAUUGUGAACCCUUGUCCAAAAAUUAUGUGUCUGCAGUUAACACAUUAUGUACUUGAUUUGAGAUAAAACAUAAUUUACCUAGUUAGAGACAACAAUGUGGACCAUGAUCCAUGCAAUAAUGAUUGUUAUAAGAAAGAAGCUAGCCUCAGCACUCUUUUAGUGCACGAGAAUUGGACUAGUUUAGUGUAGCAGCCAUGAGAGCAAUUCUGUGUUGCAUUCCCUCACUCAUUUUUAUUCUGUUUCUUAGACCCACGCAUUCCAUCAGAAAGUCAUAUGUGGUGUACUUGGGUGGUCAUUCACAUGGAAAACAAGUCUCUUCAGUUGAUCUUCACAGAGUAAAACAUUCUCAUCAUCAGCUGCUUGGAACAUACCUUGGAAGUUGGGAUAAGGCGAGAGAUGCAAUCUUUUACUCAUACACCAGACACAUCAAUGGGUUUGCUGCUAUGCUCGAGGAAGAAGAGGCUGCAGAGAUUGCCAAGAAUCCGGAGGUGAUAUCAGUGUUCUUGAACAGGGCAAGACAAUUGCAGACAACCAGAUCAUGGGAGUUUCUUGGACUGGAAGGUGAAGGCGGCUUAAUCCAUGAGGGUUCAAUAUGGAAAAAUGCCAGGUUUGGAGAAGAUACCAUCAUCGCUAAUCUUGAUAGCGGAGUAUGGCCUGAAUCUAAAAGCUUUAGUGACGAAGUAUUCGGAUCAAUUCCCAAAAGGUGGAAAGGGAUUUGCCAGAAUCAGAAAGAUAAAAGCUUUCACUGCAACAGGAAACUCAUUGGAGCUAGAUACUUCAACAAAGGGUAUUCUUCUGUUGUUGGCACUCUUAAUUCCAGUUCCUUCUUCACCCCACGAGAUGUUAGUGGUCAUGGGUCCCAUACCUUAUCAACAGCGGGUGGAAAUUUUGUUCCUGGGGCAAAUGUUUUCGGUUUGGGCAAUGGAACAGCAAAGGGUGGGUCUCCCAAAGCUCGGGUAGCUGCUUAUAAGGUUUGCUGGCCACCCACUUCCACAGGCGAAGAAUGCUAUGAUGCAGAUAUCCUGGCUGGUUUUGAUGGGGCGAUUGAGGAUGGUGUUGAUGUGCUGUCUGUAUCGCUUGAAGGAGAGCACCCUGGGCCAUAUUUUGAAGACAGUAUUGCCAUUGGUUCCUUUCAUGCUGUAAAGAAUGGUAUUGUUGUGGUUGCCUCAGCUGGUAAUGAUGGACCUGCUGCCGGUUCUGUCCAUAAUGUUGCACCCUGGAUGAUCACUGUUGGGGCAAACACCAUGGACAGACAGUUUCAGAGUAAUGUAGUGUUGGGAAACAACAAACACUACACAGGCGAAAGUGCAGCGCCCCUAAAACUGCCAACUGGGAAGUUCUAUCCACUUCUUUCUGCUGCAUCCGCUAGAAUUGAAAAUGAAUCUAUUUCAAGCCAAGAUUCUCUGCUUUGUAAGCCUGGAACUCUCAACCCAAAACAGGUAAAGGGAAAAAUUUUGGUUUGCCUACGAGGUGGAACUACCAGAACUGAUAAGAGCCACCAAGCUGCUUUGGCUGGUGCUGUGGGAAUGAUUCUUGCAAACGAUGAGUAUUUUGGGAAUGAGAUUGAGGCUGAUGCACACUUUCUCCCAGCUACACAUGCUACCUACUCAGAUGGACUUGCAAUCUUUGAUUACAUUAAUAAAACCAGGAAUCCUGUGGCUCAUAUUACUCAUCCAAACACACUAUUGGGAAUGAAGCCAGCUCCAGUUAUAGCAGCUUUCUCAUCAAGAGGCCCCAACACCAUUAAUCCAGAGAUUCUCAAGCCUGAUAUAUCUGCCCCUGGAGUGAAUGUGAUAGCUGCCUACACGGAAGCCACAGGGCUAUCUGGUAAUGAUUACGAUAAGAGGAUUGUUUCAUUCAACUUGGAAUCAGGGACUUCAAUGUCAUGCCCUCAUGUAGCUGGUGUUGUUGGCCUUCUCAAAACGCUCUAUCCUUCAUGGAGCCCUGCAGAAAUCAGAUCUGCUAUUAUGACCACUGCCACAGUAAGAGCCAACUCGGGGAAGGCGAUAACUGAUGAUAAAAAUGGAGUGGAAGCAACCCCAUUUGCAUAUGGAGCUGGACACAUAAACCCAAACCGCGCUGCAGAUCCUGGCUUGCUCUACGACUUGAAACUCACGGAUUAUGUCAACUUCAUCUGCGCACAAGGCUACAAUGAAACUGAUAUCACAAGGGUUUUAGGGACACCAUACAAGUGCCCUCACCACAUUACUCUCUCCACCUUCAACUAUCCCUCAAUCGCUGUCCCUCACCUUAAAGGCACAGCCACCGUCACCAGAACUCUGAAAAACGUUGGCUCUCCGGCUACCUACACAUCUUCUGUUCGUAGCCCGGUUGGAUUCUCUGUCACUGUGAACCCCAAUAUUCUCAAGUUCGAAAAGGUUGGUGAGGAGCAAACUUUCAAAGUUACUCUCAAGGCAAAGGGGGAAAACGCUAGUGCUGAUUAUGCAUUUGGGGUGUUAACAUGGUCUGAUAAAAAGCACCGUGUCAGAAGUCCCAUUGUUGUGAAAAGAGCAUAGAUGAAUGCUCCUACUUUCUAGGCUUGCUUGAUUCUUGUGGAUUGUAUUUCAGAGUUGCAAAAACUUGGUCUUGCAAAUGUUGAUUCAAACUUUGCUUAAUGUUGGUCUUGCAUAUGUUGUAUGGCUUAGGUCAGGCCCACCUUUAGGACAUGACCCGACCAAAUCAUUA